CACCGCACUCGCGACCAAACCAGGCCGCGCGUUUUGCGGAAACCCCCCUGCGAGAGCCGCCGCGCGCAGGCCAGCCCCGGCCGCGGCCAGCGCUAUAUAAGGCGGCCCCCAACUCGGUGACGCUGCGCAAAACACCCCGCUUUUUGUACUCUUCCGUCUUUGCCCUCGCGCUCUCGCCUCGCCUCCGUCUGCUUUCUCGGCCGGCGCGUGUACGUGUGUACAGCGAGCGGAGAAGGGAGAAGGGAAAAGAAAGAAAGGAGAAAAAGAAAGUCUUGCCCUGCCUUGCCUUCGGGUUGAGCUCAUUCGCUGUUCGUUCAUGGAGAGCUCCUCCUCUUCCCACAAGCGGGCGCGGGAGGCGGCUGACCUCGCCGCCGCCGGCGAAGGCGCGCUGCCGGAGGCCGACGCCAAGAGGCUGCGGCCAGAGGACCUGCUCGACCUGCUCGACGAUGACGCCGACGCGGCUGCCGCCGGCGACCUGGCGUCCGUCAUGCGGAGCCUGGAGGAGGAGAUAGGCAGCUUCGACGAGGCCGGGGCCGAGGCCGUGGCGCCGCCGGCGCACCAGCCGGAGCUGGGGUUCCUGCUCGAGGCCUCGGACGACGAGCUCGGGCUGCCGCCGGCGGGCGCAUCCUCGUCGGAGGAGGAGGCCGGCGCCGCCGGGGGCCCCGACGUGCCCGCCGGGUUCGACGGCCAGAUCUGGGGGUUCGAGGACGAGAUAGACGGCGGCUUCGGCGGCUACUCCCCGGAGGCGGCCGCCGCGGCCGCUGCCGCGGCGGCGUGGGACGACGACGGCUUCGACGCCGGGCUGUUCGCGUUCGGGGACGACGCGUGCGGGCCCUCGGAUCUCGCGGCCCUGCGCCACGAGACCAUGCCGGCCGUCUGAUGACGGGCCCCGGCCGGCCGGACGGCCAGCCAGUGGAUUAGCGUUCUUUUUCUUGCUUUCUUUUACCUUUGGCUAACCUUAGCUGGUACUACCUUUUUUUUUAACCUUGGUGUAAAGUUUUUAGAAGGGUGAAAACAGAGGCGUGGAAACCUGGGGAAGGUUCCGACCGGGGAAAAGAAUCUGGAAUGGUUUCCCUUUUUGCCCUUGGGAUUUAUUUCUCGCUUAUUAUAUAUGAAAAAGAAGAAGAAAUAAGCUAGCAUAAGCCAGCGAGUGAAAAAAAAAACAGCGGUGAAGUCAAAUGAAAGGUGCCGACACGUUGGCUGCGUGCGUGGAGGGGAUCAAAGUGACAUGCGGCUGCUGGAAGGACGCUGGCUUACUGACGUGACAGACUCGAAAUCUUGGAAAAGAUCUGUGAUGAAUUGUGGACUGAAAAAAUGGGCGGGAAAUUGUUUCAAGAAAAUGGAUGGGAAUACUUGGAACGUUCCACCACUCCCAAGCUGGGGAAUCCAUGAAUUCCACUGCUUUAUUCUCUAGUUGCAAGGAACUUUAUUUGGAUGGAGAGGAUAAUUCUGGCCGGUAUGGUUGACCUGGAAGGUGAGAACUGUUGCAUUCCCUGGCACCUAGAUACUCCACCGGAGGAAAGGCGUGACCCACCGGCCGCCAUGCCAGUUCGCCCGUUGCCGUCGUCGUGAGGCAAUCCAUCCAUUCCAUGGGCACGGUGGAGACGUUCGUGAGGCAAGCGUGGCCCUUGUCCGAACCUGAUGUUUCCUCCUCAUCCAUGCUAGGGUUUAUUUUUCGUCAAAAGACUUUUUACCAAA